GAAAACUUUCAGGGUUUUAUGUUAGGAUCGAGCAGUCUCAUAACUUUAGCAAGCUUUUAACCUCUUAUCGGAGUUCAUGUACAGGUAUAUAUACGUAUAUUUAUUUAUCAAACAAUAGGGAACACUAAUUAAGUAGAAAUUCCUUCAUCGUAUUUGUGCCUCAGUCUAUAGGAUGGUGGAUUUUUGCUCAUCUUAAUAUGAGUUUACCUCAAUUAUUGAACACCUACGAAGGUAAAUUUUUUUAAUUUUCUUGAUCUUAGAUUUAAGCAAUGUCUCAACUAAUAGAACUCAUUCUUCAAGGUGAUGGUGAUAGAAUCCAGAAGUUUUUGAAAGAAUAUGAUAAAGAUCCAGAAGGUUAUCUACAAUUUAUGAAUGAAUAUGACGAAAUGCACAAUUCUGCUAUUGAAUUAUUUACAAUAUUAGAUUCCAGGAGUUUUAUUGAAAAGGCAAUAAGCAAUGGUUAUAACGAGCUAAAUAAAACCGGAAAAAAUGGAUGCAAUUUAGUACAUUAUGCUGCUAUGUGGAAUCAUGCUGAUUUAAUAAAAUAUUUAUAUUUUGCUGGUGUCGACGUCUAUAGAAAAAAUAUUCACGGCGAAACUGCACAUAAACUAGCUGUUAAAUAUAAACAAGAAGAAGCAAUGCAUAUUUUAGAAUGGAUAGAAUGUCGUGAUGAAUUUAUUAUGCUGAUCCGAUUGGUAAGAGAAAUUUUAGCAAAUUCUGAUAAGAAUGACUAUACAAAAGAAGAAAGGAAAAUUGCAGAUUCUGCUUGUCUUGAUGGAGAAUCCUGGAUUAACAAAAAUAAAGAAGCUACACUCAGUAUGCUUAAAACAAAAAAAGAACAAAUUGAAUUGAUUGUAGAACCAUUUUUACGGAAGAAAUCAUCAGUCAUGUAG